AGGGCGCUUUGGAGAUGCGGGUGAAGAAAGCCCAGGGUUUGGUUUUCACAUUAGGUUACCACGUUUAAUCUGCAACUUCACCCGAGGAAAAUGACAACACAACACUGGUCAAAGGUUUUUAAAACACCCCCAAGCCCUCAGCUCCUACCGGAUCACUCUGAGGAGACAGAAGGGUUGAAACCAGAGCUCGGGUUAAAAAGGUGAUGGCGGAGGAAAAAACAUGGGCGUUGGUCUCAGAGGUGGGGGGCGAGCACGGUUACCUUGAAGAGCUAGCUGACAUACUGAAACAACACUUCCGAAUCAUCUGCUACAGAGAGCUUCUAGAAGACCCAGUGCUUCACGGCCCCAAAAUCCAGGUCCUGUUCAUGUGGAAGUAUUGUCCUGCAGCCGAGCCUUUGUUGCUUGGCCUGCUUCCUUCCCUCAAAGUGGUUGUCAGCGGAGGAGUUGGCAUCGACCACCUUGACGUGCCGUUCAUUAACAGUCUCGGGGCAAAGGUGGCCAACACGCCAGGCGUAGUCAGCGACUCUACUGCAGAUUUGACCAUGGGUCUGCUUCUGGCAUCAGCUCGCAAGAUCCUUGACGGUCAUCAAAUAGCUAUUGACCCAAAGACAAUGCACAUACCACAAAGUCUGAUGGGAGUUGAAGUCACAGGGUCGACUCUAGGGAUCAUUGGAAUGGGAGAGAUUGGUUACAAAAUUGCCCAAAGAAGCAACGGAUUUGAAAUGAAGAUCCUGUAUCACAACAGGACCAGAAGAAAUGUGGAGGAUGAGCAGGCAGUUAGAGCGAGCUACUGCGAGAGCCUGGACGACCUGCUGAGGCAGUCGGACUUUGUGGUGAUAGCUGUCAAACUGACCUCGGACACAACGGGUCUCGUCGGCCACAGAGAGCUAUCCCUCAUGAAACCCACAGCAACACUGGUCAACAUCAGCAGAGGCCAAGUUGUGGACCAGGAUGCCUUAGUUAAGGCUCUCCAGUCGGGAUCAAUUCGUGCAGCAGCAUUAGAUGUGACUCAUCCUGAACCUUUACCAAGGGACCAUCCCCUCCUCGGCCUACCUAAUGUGCUGAUCACCCCCCACAUCGGUAUCAGUACCUACAAUACAGCAAGAAGGAUUGUGGAGAAGAUGGUAGAAAAUGCCCUGGCUGCAGUGAAAGGCUUACCUGUUCCAAAUGAAGUCAAGCUGCAGUUACACAAUCAAUGUUAAAUCUUUCUGCAGUGGUUGUUCAGAACUAAUGGCCUCAUUCUUUUACAUAAGAUAUCUUAGCAAUGACAUGUAAACAUAAGCAAUGGCAACAGUCAGUGUGAAAGUGCAAAAGUGUAUUAUACCAUAGUGUCUUUCACAACACACUUUUAAAAAAUAAUAGCAGUUUAUACAGAUUUAUAUGCAUUAUUUUAAAAACACUUGAAACAAAGUUAAAAUAACUUAGAAAAUAAUAAUUUUGGCCACAGGGCAUUCAUUUAGACAUGGUAACAGACACCUACUAAGUACUUCCAGUGAAACUGUCUGUUCACCGUUCUAAAUGAAUGCGCUGCACCUGCAGAAUUAAAUCGAAUAGAAGAUGAAAAAGAUGAGAUCAAGACAUAUGCUGCUGUCGCAUAAGCGUCUGCCUCACAUCCCCAAUAGCUGUUCAAACUCGCUACUUCAGGCUCCGACCGACACAUGGCACGUCAUUUGUUCGUGAAGAUCUUGAUGUUGAUUUGGGGACAAUGGCAUGGCUGGAUAGCCAGCUAGUCUUGUUGUUACCCUUAUAGAAUACAUUUGUCAAGUAUUUAGAUGAAUUAUCAUUUAACUGAAACUAUACUCUUCCCCUAACCUUACCUAAAGUGCUUUUGUUGCUUAAAUUUAACCCCCGCGUGUGACUCAUGAGCACGAGUGUGCGCAAAUGAGACCCUUGAGGCCACGUUUGUGAGUGAGUGGGACGGGGACAGACAACAGUGAGGCUGCCACUCACUCUCUAUCUGUGAUUGUAUUUUAAAAAGGGCAUGCUGUCUAGAAAUGAAGGGCACCCUUUCAGCAGGCGGCCCACACAGGCCUCCCUGAAGUCCACAGCUCGGCUGACUCGGGCUGGCCUUUUCCCUCAAGGCUGCUCCUAUAAACUGUGAAGGUGAGAACUACAUUAGCCUAUUACAGAUGUGACCUCACUGAAAACUAGAAAUGUCCUUGAGAUCUUAUGAUCGUUUCAUUUUCUUGGCAGUCUAAUCAUUUUACAUAUUAAAUCGCUAAAAAGGCUUUGCUCAUAUAAAGGUAUAUUAUUUGCAUCUGAACAUGGUGGACGGUGCUCUAUUUUUAUUCCAUAGCCCCAUUCCAGUGGCAUUAACAUUAAAGGUGGGAAGUGGAGAAUGAAAUGUUCUCUGCGCCCCUCUGUAAUUUAACUCAUUGUUCGGGUGAAAAUAUGGUCUGUAAUAGACAUGGACAUCCUGCCAGCAUCUACAUGUAGCGGACAAUAUAACAGCACAUUGGAUGAGCAUUUACCGGGUCUUGCUCUCCUGACCGCUUUAAUUUUCCCCUGUUCUGAAAUAGGCCUGAAUGUUGGUGUCAGCAUGUUUCCGUCAGAUUGGCAAAGACAUUUGUAAAUAUUAAAAUCACCCCACUAUCACCUAGAGAAAUAAAUCCAGUCUAAAUGUGGCUUGUUUCUACAAUUUAUUCUUCAGUUUGGAAUGUCCAAUUCCCCAUGCAUUACAGUCUUGUAACUGGUUAUUUGUUUAAUACGGCUUCAUAUUUCAUUACAGUCAGACUCUCUCUGUCGAACUGUUGCACUCUGCUCCCCACUCAUGGUCUCUAAUUAAAAUGACAAACUGUGAUUGCAUGUUACGUUGAUAUUGCACAUAUUUUCCAUGUGUAUAUGAAUACAAAACACAUACACAACUGUGUUUGCAGCGUGGAGGGGGCUACACCUGCAUUUCAUUGGGCAAUCCUGUAUUGUAUAAUAUACAACAAUAAAGCUAGCUAAGCUAACUAGCCAAUAAUUUAUGAUUUUUCACUCUACUUAUAGACCCAAAGUAGGCAUGUUUUAUUUUUUUUUCAAGAUUAUCUUUUGGGUUUAAGCGCUAAAGAUCAACUGGCACGCACUUUCAAUUUAGGAGGACAAUGGCGUUCACCAAAAUGAGAACACAAGUACGAACAAUUCUGCGGUUUAAUAACACCCUCAUUAAUCUGACGUAGAUCUCUCUUCGGACAUUUGUGACGAACAAAUUUGAGAAGAAACUUAGGAAGAUGUUGGUGAAUGAGGCCCAUAGUUACUACAUGGCUGGUUGCUAAACUAAUCAAUCUAACUAAGGCUGGCUAACACGCUAGCUAGCCAGGAACACGCCGAACGUACCACUUGUCAGUCACAAUGGUAACGGUAAAUGUGUCAGUGGCAAACUGGGAAGUAUGUCCACACAAUUAAUUCAGGAGAUGUGUUUCCCAUCAACUCUACUCCCACAGCUGUCUGCGAGCCUCUUUUGUGGAGCAGUUUGCAUUCAACGCAUCAACAUUUGUUGAACUCAAUGUAAAAGAUUUAUGCAGACGCAGGCUAAUGUGCCCUUGCAAGAGAAUCCACUGAUCACAGCAAGUUUGAUGAGUUGCUCCUGUUCUAGUUUAUAUUGGCAACUUCAUCACCUCAGCUAACAUAUUGAUUUUGGCACACUGAGCACCCCUUUCACAUUAGACUCCAUCAUAUAUAUUUGAAUCAGUGUCCUACCAUCCAAAAUGUUGAUUAUCCAAAUGAAAUGUAUUUCUCUCAGAUAAA